CUGAUUAAUGCAUGAGCUCAGCUCAGUGAGGCAAUCUGAUUUUAUAUAGAUCCAGCAAUUUGACCAGCCCACACAUCAUUCACGAAUCGGCUGUACUAAAACUACUGGAGAUCUAGCUAUACUGAUACCCAACUGAACAACAAACAGCAACAAAAAUAAUGUCGACUGUCUACGGGCUCAACCAACAAGUUGAUGAGGUGAAAGGCAUUGUGAGGGAAAACAUCAAAAAGGUUUCAGAGAGGGGUGAAAGGCUUGACAACUUGGAGGAGCAGGCUGAGAACCUUCAGGCUGGAGCUAUUCGUUUUGACAAAACUGCCACAAGGUUGAAAAAGAAAAAACAGCGUGCAAAUUGGAAGCUGUGGUGCAUUCUGAUAACUAUCCUUGUCGUUAUACUUCUGGCUCUUAUCCUUGCUGUUGUCCUGGGCGUUUGUCUAUCCCCUUCGGACAAUCCUCGCUGUAUCCAAAACUGAACUAUAUAAUUAUUAUACUACCCAUUUAUACCACUUAUUGUACUUUUUAUUUCCACAAUUAAUUUUGAAUUUUGCUACUUUUAUAUGAUGUGUGCGUGUGGUCAAUGAACCUUAAAUGAUGGUCUAACUUUAUAAA